AUCCCGCUCCAGUACCUGUUAGAGCUGUGGAUGGCCGGUGAUCAGAUUAGAGGUGUCAGGGUUCGUUAAUCUGCGAGGGGAGCGACAGACUCACCGGCGGCGGAGGGGACUGGAUCACACCCGGUGUUGACGUGCGUCGGGAACCCCCCCCCCCCUCCCACCAGCACCACCCCGCCCCCCAGCCGCCUUCUAUGUAUUUGUUUAUUUAACAAUGGAUACCUGCGGCAGGGUGCGAGUCUGGCUGCUCCUGGUCCUGUCGUGGCACAGCGGCUACUUGGCGUCGCAGUUCCCGACGCAGCUCGUGAUUAAAGAAUGGGUUGAUCAGAUGCAGAAAGAGCUGGUCACCCUGGCAGACACGGCCACAGCCGGGAAGAGCCUCACUCAGAUAUUUCUGAGAAACCAACACCUUUACAGUGUGGAGCAGAAUGAUGCAGAGGAGCUGGUGGCCAGAGCAGCCAGGAACAUUGAACAGCUGCUGCGGAAGAGGUCUGCCGCCUUGAAGAAACUGGCCGCAGCUGCUGAGCGAUUCCAGAUGGAGCAUGCGUGGAAAGACGAGUUUGAGGAUGAUGAAAUCUCCUACUACAACGCAAAGGACAAUCUGGAAGCAAAUGAGACAGAGGGAAGAAAAUACAGGAUUCGACCAGACUUUAAAGAGGACGCUUCAUUUAAGCGUUUGACUGAUCACAACCACACGGCUGUCCACAUCCCCACUGACAUCUAUGAUGGCUCCACCAUUGUGCUUAAUGAGCUGAACUGGACAGAGGCACUGGAGGAAGUGUUUAGAAAGAACAGAGAAGAUGACCCAACCCUUCUCUGGCAGGUGUUUGGUAGUGCUACAGGCCUGGCUCGCUACUACCCAGCUUCCCCGUGGAUGGAUUCUCGAAAGACCCCCAGUAAGAUUGACCUGUAUGACGUCCGCAGGAGGCCGUGGUACAUUCAAGGAGCGGCCUCCCCCAAAGAUAUGCUUAUCCUCGUAGACGCGAGUGGAAGUGUGUCUGGCUUGACUCUCAAACUGAUCAGGACCUCAGUCAGCGAGAUGCUCGAAACUCUGUCUGAUGACGACUACGUCAAUGUAGUUUACUUUAACACCAGGGUGAAGAAGACGGCGUGUUUCGAACAUCUGGUUCAAGCCAACGUGAGGAACAAGAAGCUGCUGAAGGAUGCUGUGCAGAACAUCACAGCUAAAGGAAUAACAAACUACACAAAAGGCUUUGAGUUUGCUUUUGAGCAGCUCUCUGUGACCAACGUGAGCAGAGCUAACUGCAACAAGAUCAUCAUGCUGUUCACUGAUGGAGGAGAGGAAAGAGCUCAGGCCAUACUGGAGAAAUACAAUGCUGACAAAAAGGUGAGGAUCUUCACCUUCUCAGUAGGACAACACAACUAUGAUAAAGGACCUAUUCAGUGGAUGGCCUGUUCCAACAAAGGUUACUUCUAUGAGAUUCCUUCCAUCGGCGCCAUCAGAAUAAACACGCAGGAGUACCUGGAUGUCCUGGGGAGACCCAUGGUUCUGGCAGACAAGCAGGCCAAACAAAUCCAAUGGACCAAUGUGUACCUUGAUGCCCUGGAACUGGGUCUGGUCAUCACUGGAACACUUCCUGUCUUCAAUAGAACCAUGACCAUAGAUGAAAGGAAUGGCGAGCACCAGAAUCAAUUGAUUCUUGGCGUAAUGGGGAUUGAUGUGUCUCUGGAUGAUAUCAAGAAACUCACACCACGCUUUACUAUUGGUCCAAAUGGAUACUACUUUGCCAUUGACCCCAAUGGAUACGUCCUGCUGCAUCCCAAUCUCCAGCCAAAGAAUCCUAAAUUCCAGGAACCUGUAACUCUUGACCUCCUGGAUGCCGAGUUUGAAAAUGACAUCAAAGUGGAGAUCAGGAAAAUGAUGAUUGACGGUGAGACAGGUGAACGCACCAUUAAUACUCUGGUGAAAACGCAGGAUGAGAGGUACAUAGACAGGGGAGUCAGGACCUACACAUGGGGACCAGUUAAUGGAACAGAUUACAGCCUGGCUCUUGCUCUGCCCAAAUACAGUGAACACUUCAUUCAAGCUAAACUAGGGGAUGACAUGAAACAAGCUACGUCUUCUCCUUGGGGGCAAGGAGCUAUGGCGACCCUACAGCUGGAAAGGUUUGAUGAAUUUGGUUACACCUACAUCGCUCCGAGGGAGUACUGCAAAGAGCUCAAGUUGUCCCUCAACAACACUCAGUUUCUCCUCGACUUCAACCAGUACAUUGAUGGAAACCCUCCAGAUACAUGUAACGUGUCCCUUGUGAGUCGGCUGAUCCUGGAUGCAGGUCUGACAGCUGAACUGGUUAAACUUUGGAAUGAGCAGACUGUGGACGGGAUAGUGACCAGGUUUGUAGCCACGGAUGGAGGAAUCACAAGAGUCUUCCCAAGAAGCGUUGGAGAAGAGUGGAAUGAAAAUCCUGAGACAUAUGAGUCCAGUUUCUACAAAAGGACCCUCGACAAUGAAAUUUAUAUUUUCACAGCUCCAUCUUUCAACACAGAGAGCAGGGAACCUGUUUCUGAGUCAGGUAUUCUAGUGAGCAAAGCGGUCGACCUCACCAUUGACAAAGUCACGCUCAAACCAGCAGUGGUUGGAGUGAAACUAAAUGUCUCCUUCUGGAUGAAUGCUUUCAUGAAUGCUACUCUGAAACCUAAUUGCAAGGAUGAGAUCUGUGGCUGCCUGAGGAAUGACAAGCAUGUAGACUGUGUGAUCCUGGACGAUGGUGGAUUUCUUCUCAUGUCCAAUCAGGACGAGUACAUCACCCUGAUCGGCCAGUUCUUUGGCGAGGUGGACCCGGUGCUGAUGAUCAACCUGGUCAACACUUCCCUGUACUCCUUUAACAAGACCUAUGACUUCCAGUCCGUCUGCGACCCGGAGAAAGACAGCAAGGCUGCGGCAGGACCCCGAUCCGUCUACGUGCCUACCAUUGCAGACUUGCUCAGUAUUGGCUGGUGGGCCUCCAGUGCUGCCUGGUCCAUACUCCAGCAGCUCUUCUAUGGACUGAUUUUCCCCAACCUUCUAGAGGCAGUGGAGUCAGCAGAUGAAGACAUACCAGAUGCCAUGUUUAAGGAGAGCUGUAUCACAGAGCAGACUCAGUACUUCUUUGACAACGAUGAAAGAUCCUACUCAGGUGUCCUGGACUGUGGAAACUGUUCCAGGAUGUAUCGUGCCGAGAAGCUGCCCAACACCAACCUGGUGUUCCUGAUCACUGAUGCCAAGACAACAUGUUUGUCAUGUGACCCCCGGCCACUACGACAGGCUGAACAACCCUCUGAAGGUCCAGAUCCAUGCGAGCUGGCUCAGAACCCUAGAUACCGCAAAGGGCCGGAUGUGUGUUUUGACAACAAUGAAAACGACGAGCCCUUGUGUCCGAUCAGCAGAGGUUCUGUCUUGAGCUCCGCACCACUCCUGUUGUUUCUGCUGCUGAGUUCAGGGAAGAUGAUUCUGAUUGCGGAGGAGGGGCCUGUCUAAGCCCGUGUCUCUGGCCAAUGCUCGGGCUUCAACUGCUGCUACUGUGGCUCAUCACAUCCUUACGACACUCAUGACCCCUACACACUCAUGUACACGCACACGCACUCAUUCACACACUCACACACCGACCAUUGUCUCACUUCACGAGAGGAGAGAAGACUCUACUCACACCAUCCAGGAUAUACUGUAUGCAGAAUAUUUUUCUUUGACGACCAGUAUCAGUGUUUCCAUUUUACAAUGCCAAAGGGUGCUCACUCAUCUCCGCCUCAUCAUUUUCAGAAACAGAGACACAUUUACUGUGCUCAGCUGCACUCAUCCCCAUGAUAUAUAUAUAUACACAUAUAUAUAAAAAUUCCUUAACACUCCUAUGGUGCAAGAGUAAGAGCUAACCAAACCCUUUAAUUCUGCCUCAUUUCUCGGAUUUAUUCAAUGGAGGGUGAAAGCGUUGUCCCACUAUGCCAACGAAAUACCAUUCGAAGACUCUAUGUUCACCGACAGCGUUGAUUUGUGUAGUUUCAGUAUUGUUUGUUGCUUGUUAUAUUUAUUGCGUAUGAAUCACUGCGCCGCGAAGAUGGAUUUUUUUGCCAACUCGUGCGACGGCAGUACGAAGAAACGUCCAUAUCAUUUGAGUGUUUUUGAAAUGUGCUGUAGCUUACUGUGUAUCUAUUUCCUUUCCUUUUGUUGUAUUCCAAAUCAACAAGCAUUUUGUGACUGGCUAGGUGUUGUAUUGUAGCAGCAUGUGCUCAGUACAGAGCUAAAGACAACACCGACACUCUGACACCAAAGCGCCACGCAGUACCGAGGACCACUGACACACAAAAACAUACCACGGAGAAUCUGCAGGCAGGUCUAUUUUGAGAGAUGCCUCGGAUGUGGGUGUCCAGGGUAUUUGUUACUAAGUCACAAUGUUAGAUAGAUAGGUAGAUAACGUAGAUACUUCCCUGAGAAAGUGGGGUCGCCGGCGUGAAUCAAAAUCUAAUAGGAUAUUGCAAUUUCACAUGUGUUUGUUCUUGGUCCGACAGCUUUUGGUUGUCUUCAAUUUGAUGCAUCAAAUCCCCAGUGCCUACACAGUAACUCACACAGAGAGAUGUAUUCUCACCAUGUAUGCUUUCUAUGCUAAUGCUUGCAGCAAUACAGCAGAGAGGAUUCAAAAGUUAAAGUUAUACAUUGUGAAAUGGGCCAAAUCUGCCGCAGUCCAAUUCGUAUGGGGCCCAGACGACAGUAGAAAGAGCCAGUGGUUUUGAUUCGGCAAGAGGAACAUCCCCGUCCUCCGGGCUCAAAGCGAACCUGAACCAGACCUGAGCUUGUGUUCCGACACUUCUCUGUGUCAGUCCCGAUCCCGUUCCCUCUCUGGCUCACCAGACCCAGGGGCCAAGAUGAGAAUGCGAAUGAGAUCAGCAUAUCAAGAUGACUGUUUCUUUGUUUUCCCUCUCCUUGCUGUUGUCCUCAUGCUUGUUUCCUCUUUCUUGUGUUGCUCUACAAGUGCUGUGAAGCAGACGCUGAAAGGCUCCGUGUCGAAAAACGCUGCAAUGUCAUGGGAUGAGCUUGUUCUUGUGUUUGAACGCCGUCCGUGCCCGUGGGUCAGCAUCGGGGGGGGCGCUGGAGAGAACUUUGACAAGAUGCUACUGCCGGGAGUAACUUUGCAUUGCCUUACUUUACCGCAAAUCACAAAGAUCACACACAAGUUUCUUAGUGUUUGUUUGUUUUCACCGAUCCAAGUUGACUUCUCUCCACCUCGCCUUCAUGGUGACCUGCUGGUAUCGAGUGGCCAGGUUAUGCCCGUCUAUCAAAGUCGCGUGUUGACGUGUGUUUAACCCCGGGGGGGGGAUCCCGUGUCUAUGUGCCGGCAUGUGAGUGUCCCUCCGAUAUCUGAUUGUGCUUUAAUACUGUACAUGAGUUACUCUUUUGUGGAACUUGACUAGCCUGAAUACAUUUUGUAUACAUUUGUACACUUAUAAUAUUUACUGUAUAAAAGAUGAAAUGAGAGGAAAGAAAAAAUGUUUAUAAUGAUUUGUUGUUGAUUAUUGUGCAAAUAUGAUAUAUUCACAAUAAAAGUGUUGUAUUGUUAUGA